AUGGAAACCCCCCCAAAACCCCCCCUAAAAAUAGCAAUUCUAGGAGCAGGAAUAACCGGUCUAGCCCUCUCAAUCGCCCUCUCCAACACCCAAAAAUCCCCCUCCCUCGACCUAAAAAUCUACGAAUCCUCCCCAAAUUUCUCCCCCCUAGGAGCAGGAAUAGGUCUAGGCCCAAAUUCCCUCCAAGCAAUCUCCCUCAUCUCCCCCAAAUUCCUCACCCUCUACGAAUCCCUCAGUACAGGAAACAGUACUCCAGGUUUUGAAAAUUGUGUUUUUGACGCCUUAUAUUCUGAAAGUGGAUUUGGGGAAGCUAAAGGGUGGGAGGGGGGUAGAGUGGGAGGGGAGGGAUUUAAAAGAUGUAGUGCCCAUCGGCGGGAUUUGUUAAAUGUUAUGAAAAAUUUAAUUCCUGAGGGGGGGGUUGUUUUUGGGAAGAGGGCUGUGGAGAUGCGGCAAUUAGGAGAUAAAGGGGUUGAGGUGGGGUUUGAGGAUGGGGAGAGGAUUAUUGUUGAUGCUGUUCUUGGUUGUGAUGGGAUUAAAGGGUUUAGUAGGGGGGUUGUACUUCAGGAUGAAGAUGAGGAGGAGGUUAGGGGGAAGUAUUGUGGGAUGUAUAUCUAUCGGGGGAUUUUACCUAUGCAGGAUGCGAAAGAGAUUUUGGGACGGCAUGCGGGUGAUGCGAAGUGGUUUAUGGGGGAGGGGAAAGGGGUGGCGAUUUAUCCGAUUUCGAAAGGGAGAGAGGAGAAUUUUGUGUUUUUUAUUAAAGAUGAUGGGGAGGAGUGGAAGGGGAAACAGGAAGCUGUGGCGUGUACCAAAGAGGAAAUGAGGAGGGAUUUACAAGGGAUGGAUGAAAGAUUGGUGAAAUUGUUGCAUUGGGCGAGUCCCCUUCGCUGGCCGAUUUUUCAUCAUCCUGAUACUCCGAGAUAUUGGAAAGGGAGAGUUUGUUUGGUCGGGGAUGUCGCGCAUGCUUCUUCUCCUGGACAAGCUGCUGGGGCUGGACAGGGAUUGGAGGAUGCGGUUGUUUUGGCCAAACUUUUGGAAUUGGUGGGAAAUCCGAGGGAAUUGGAGAUGGCGUUUGAGGUUUAUGAUGCUGUUCGGAGGCCACGCGCGCAGAAGGUUGUGAGGACUAGUCAGGAGGCUGGGGAAAUGUAUGUUUGGCGGGAUCCGGGGAUUGGGGGGGAUAUGGGUGGGAUUGUGGAGAAUGCUAAUCGAAGAUUACAUUGGAUUUGGUGGCAUGAUUUGGAGGGCGAUGUUGAUAAGGCGGCAUCUAUGUUUAAGGAGAGGGUGGAAUCAUCAUCAUCCUCGCUGCAAGAGAAGGGGGAGUCAUUAUCUCCAACGCAAGAGAAGGGGGAGUCAACAUCUCCGCUCCAAGAGAAGGGGGAGUCAUCAUCUCCGCUCCAAGAGACGGGGGAGUCGGCAUCUCUGCUGCGAGAGAAGAGGGAGUCGACAUCUCUGCCUCAAGUAAAGGUGUAG